AUGAGUUCCUAUUUCGUGAAUCCCACUUUCCCGGGGAGCCUGCCCGGGGGCCAGGACUCUUUCCUCGGGCAGAUCCCCCUGUACCCGGCGGGCUAUGAUGCUCUCAGGCAUUUUCCGGCUUCGUACGGGGCAAGCAGCCUGCAGGACAAGACUUACACCUCACCUUGUUUCUACCAACAGUCCAACACCGUCAUUGCUUGCAAUCGGGCUUCCUAUGAGUACGGAGCCUCUUGUUUUUAUUCGGACAAGGAAAUUAGUAGCGCCUCUCCCUCCGGCAGUGGCAAACAGAGGGGGCCCGGGGACUACCUGCACUUUUCUCCCGAUCAACAGUACAAAUCCAGCGGCGUCCAAGCCAAAAUUGUAAAUGACGAAGGCACCGACCGGAAGUACACGAGCCCUGUUUACCCCUGGAUGCAGCGGAUGAACUCCUGCGCUGGUACAGUAUAUGGAACUCAUGGGAGACGAGGGAGGCAAACUUACACCAGAUACCAAACGCUAGAGUUAGAGAAGGAAUUUCAUUUUAACAGAUACUUAACCCGAAGACGACGUAUUGAGAUUGCAAAUGCUCUCUGCCUUACUGAACGCCAGAUUAAAAUAUGGUUUCAAAACAGGCGAAUGAAAUGGAAAAAGGAAAACAAAUUCAUAAAUUCCACACAGCCGAGCAGCGAAGAAACAGAGGAAAAGUCAGGGGAGUAGAACCACGUUUAAUAAACGCUACCAGGCCUUUCCUUAGCGCUUACUAUUACUAUUAUUAUUUACCUUGUGUUCCUUCUGCUACUAAAAUCCUAUAGGUUUGUCACAGUCUAUUAAUUCCCAAAAGGCUUGGUUAAAAGAUGUA